GAUUGAUUCCAAACAAAAAGAGUCUGGGGCUCACAUAUCCUCAUGUCAGCAGGAAAAGGUGGAAGGAAGCAUGUAGACCGUUACCUCUGAGUCAUAAACACUGAGCAAGUUACUAUUCUCCUCCACCUCUUCCUCACUCUCCCUCAUCUGCUCCACCUGCUGCUCCCGCACUGCCACAGGCUGCAGUCACCCCUUCCAGCUUCAGCCUGCCCCUCUCCCAAACAGCUCCAUGCUCCUCUAACCUCCUCACCCCGCAAUCCUCUCUGAUAUCCUCUGCAAGACGCAGCCUCUUCUUUCCCUUUUGCUUUCUCCUUGCUUUCCUACUUGCCAGCAGACCAAGUCCUCAGCCCCUCCUGACCCUUCCUGUCCUGCCUGAGAGCCUCAGGAACUUCUGGAAGCGUGAGGCUUGGGACAAAGAGCAGUGUCAGGGCUGUGCCUGUCCCGGGACAUCGCUUUCCUGACAGUCAUAUGUGCGUAUUUUGCACAUGGUCGUACAUUUUAAAGCAAGGAGGGUUUUUCUCUGACACAGGGGCUCUGCACCAGGCACUGCAUCAGCACAGCAACAGCAUCACCAAUGAAACUGCUUCCAUUCCUAGUUCUGAUUUCCAGUCUGCUGGACUAUGGCUGCUCUUCUCCAAGCUGCAACAUGACAUGCCACAAAGAUGCCAGGUGUGAAGUUCAGGGUGGGACAACAGGCUGCUAUUGCACCCAAGGAUACACAGGAAAUGGCAUAACAGUCUGUAAAGAUGAUAAUGAGUGUGAAAAUGCUACUCAGCCUUGUGGAGAGCAUGCCAAUUGCACAAACACAGAGGGAAGUUAUUACUGCACGUGUAUGUCUGGUUUCAAACCCAGCAAUGGCCAACAAAUUUUUGUUCCUAAUGAUGGAACCUCCUGCGUGGAUGUAGAUGAGUGCAGCAAUGAAGGAAGUGUUGCCUGUGGAGAUCAUGCAAAAUGUGAAAACGUGGAUGGAGGGUUUAACUGCUCCUGUAAGGAAGGUUAUCAACCAUCCACAGGAAAAUUGCAGUUUAAGCCAAAUGAUGGCACUUCCUGCCAAGAAAAUCCAAAGGCAAAGUGUGAGUUAUCCAAAGACUGUAUAGCUGAAUAUAUUAAUAGAACUUUAGCCAGAAUGAGUCAUUUGAAAACACCUCUGGAGAAGCUGCAAGAAAUUAAUAAAAAUACGUUGGGACCACUUUCACCAGUAGAAGUGGUUUCAUAUGUUGAAGCACUGUCUUUUUCAUCGUGGAACACCACGAGUGACUCUGACAAUGAAGCCCUUCACAACACCACCAUUAACGUUUUGGUGAACACUGUGAACAAUUUUUUACAAAAAGACAAAAUUACAGUGUGGGAAGCUCUACCUGUAGAUAACCAAAGGCGGAGCCUGACUAAGCUGCUGCACACUGCAGAGCAGGCAACACUUCUCAUGUCACAGGGCUUCAAAAAGACAGCCCAGCUGGAUGCUAAUGCAAGUGACAUAGCACUCAAGGUUUUUGCUUUUGAUUCACAUCACAUGAAACACAUCCACCCUCAUGUAUACACAGGGGGAGAUUACAUAAAGAUCUCUCCAAAGAAGAGAAAGGAGCCUCACCCAAAUGGCACUGUUGCAGUUGUCUUUCUGCGGUACAGCAACAUCGGUUCUCUGCUUUCAUCACCUCAAAACCGCUCCUCCAAAGAUCCUUCAGAGCACACACAGACUGUAGGCUCAGCACUUAUAGCUGUUGCAAUUAGCUCAAAUCCACCCACGCUCUAUGAGCUUGAGAAAAUAACAUUUACCUUAAAGUAUGCCAAGACUGCAGAUAAAGACAUUAAAUGUGCGUUUUGGAACUACUCAGAUACAAUGAAUGGCAACUGGGCUACAGAAGGCUGUGAGCUGACACAUUCCAACUCCACUCAUAUCUCAUGCAAAUGUAAUCAUCUGACUCAUUUUGCUGUUUUGAUGUCCUCAGGUGGCUCAGUUGGUGUUACAAAUUAUAGCAUUCUUACAAGAAUCACUCAGCUAGGAAUAAUUAUUUCGUUGAUUUGCCUCUCCAUGUGCAUUUUCACAUUCUGGUUCUUCAGUGAAAUUCAAAGCACUAGAACGACAAUUCACAAAAACCUCUGCUGCAGCCUUUUCCUGGCGGAACUUAUUUUUCUGAUUGGAAUUAAUAUGAACAAUAAUAAGCUCUUCUGUUCAAUUACUGCUGGACUACUCCAUUAUUUCCUUCUAGCUGCUUUUGCAUGGAUGUGCAUUGAAGGUAUUCACCUCUACCUUAUAGUUGUGGGAGUCAUCUACAACAAGGGUUUCUUGCACAAGAAUUUCUAUGUCUUUGGCUAUGUCAGUCCAGCCGUGGUGGUUGGAAUCUCUGCUGCACUGGGAUACAAGUACUAUGGCACCACAGAAGUAUGUUGGCUCAGCACUAAGAAUAACUUUAUAUGGAGUUUUAUAGGACCAGCAUGUCUAAUAAUUCUUGUUAAUUUGUUGGCUUUUGGAGUGAUUAUUUAUAAAGUAUUUCGACACACUGCAAUGUUAAAGCCAGAAGUCAGUUGUUAUGAAAAUAUAAGAUCCUGUGCUCGAGGUGCCCUUGCUCUCCUGUUCCUCCUUGGGGCUACCUGGAUUUUCGGGGUUCUCCACGUGGUCCAGGGAUCUGUGGUUACUGCUUAUCUUUUUACAAUCUUCAAUGCAUUCCAGGGGAUGUUCAUCUUCAUAUUUCUUUGUGUAUUGUCUAGGAAGAUUCAGGAGGAGUAUUACAGAUUGUUCAAAAAUGUUCCUUGCUGUUUCGGCUGCUUGAGAUAAAGGGAAGGAAAACACCCAAAAACAUCUCAGGUGAAGAAAGAAGCAACCUACAUGGUGUUGUUAUGGAUAUUACUGCAAAAUAUGGUAUUGUGAAAGUACGAAAUGACCCAGUGAGCAUGCAUAUCUCUUAGCUGAAUUAAUGGUUUUGUACAUACAUGUGCAUUCAUGCAGAACAUCUGUAUUAUUCUGUAUACUAACAGUAUACAAAACAAACGGGAUCAUUGCAAAACAAAUAUUAAUAAAGACAAGAUAAAGAAACAAAUUUUAAAGAACCUCAAGACUUCAUGACUGAGGUUUCGUUUCUGAUAUUAAAAAUAUCUGCAGUUCUUGAAAGCAAGAUACCAAAAACCAACUGGCAUAGCAGAUUUUUUAUGAAGUGCUUUGCUAGUGGAAACAUGUUCACCAUCCUUUUGUAGUAAUGAACUUCAUACACUAAGUUGUAUGUGACCAUCUGCAGGGAAUGGGUUCCAUUAAAGAGUCAAUAGAUAAAGAUCUGCUUCAGCUUAGACUUUUGAAAACAUUUCUUUUAAUUUAAAGUAGAUUAAAAAAGGAAUUUGUUUGAUAUUAUUCUCUUAUCACUCUGAAAUAUAUAUUUGUAUAUUAAUCAAUCCUUUAUUUUUAUAACUUCUAAAGAACUGUUUAUAUCUAAAGAGCUGAGGUCAGAUCUGAUACAAGAAUGGUGGGAUAGUCAUUUUAUAACUGAAAGAUUAUUUUGUGAAUACUUUGAAAAAGAUCUGGUUCUUAUUUUAUUUAAUUGCCAAAAAGACUGAGAUCUGCUUAACUGGCACUAUGAUUUUGGAGGCUGUGGGAAGAAGAUGCUUUCAAUGUUGUUCAUUUCAUAGAGAUACUUGGAAUCCAGACUUUGUAGGAUCAAAUUAAAGUGGUAAAAAUCACCCAUGCAGAAGAACACAGAUUUAAAUUCAAGGUAAUGUGGCUCUGUCCUGUGUACAAUUCCAAUUACAGCAGUUUUCUCAUAGCAUCUUUGAGUCAAGCAGUUGUCUUCCUCUGAGGGUCCUGGGUUUGAAACAAUCCUGCACUUAACCUUAGGAAUGACUCUAGAACUUCUUAAAUCAAAGGGAGUACCCAGGUGCAAGUUUGGCAGAUCAGAGCAUAAACACAAUGCAUUGACAAUUCCACCUAUGGCAUCUGACUUAUUUGAAAAGUAUGCUUUAAUUUCACCCUUUUAGCACCCAAAUUAUGUGAAGUGCUGAGCAAUUUCCUGUCCACAUUGCCUUCUCAGGAAGUGUCCAGGAUCUCAGAUGAGGCCCAGUAUUUUUGCCGUGAGGCACUGUAAAUAUGUAGUUGUUAAUAAAUCCCACUGUUGUGUUGUCUGUUAAAAUAAAGCACUAGUCUGAAUUUUAUUUAUAUUAAAGGAAAUCUUUUUUAGUAAUGAUCAACUUUGGUUCUUAUCCUUUUUUCCUUAUACACAAGGUUUUCAUUGUAUGCACUGCAAUGAUAGGCUUCAUUAAGUAUGUUCCAUGCCUGCGUCAAGUUUUUUGAAAAAGGAGUAGUCUAUUUUUCAAAAAAUUACUAAAGAAUUCUCCUGGUCCUUUGAAUGUAAAAUAUGUGAAUAAACUGGAGUGCUUUGCUUUCACAUUUUGACAUUUCCAUUCAUUUAAAUAAAUACACUGGUAAAAGUUC